AUGGCGGCGGCGGACGGCAAGCCGCCGUUGGUUGGCGGACUGAAAAGGACUACAUUUUUCGUUAAAUGGUUGAUAAAUGAAGAUAAGUUUGAGCUCCUCCAUACCGUGAAGGGGAACGAGUCCAUCCUGCUCACCGAUUUCAAAGAGGUUGCCAAGCCCAACAUUGCGCCGCUCAAGCAGUGCGGGCUAAGUGUCUGUGAUAUUGUGAAUCUAUUCGCAAGACUGCUGGUGUACAAUCCAGAUCGAGUUAAGGAGCUUGUCCUACGUGGCGUACCCCGUAACUCAUGGGCCUACUUUAACUUUAUGGCCAAGAGAAAGGAGAACGAUGCUGGUCUAGUGGAAGGCCUGGGCAUGGACAAAACAUGCAUAGAAGAGCAAGAUGCUGCUGCUGAGACAGGUAUACCUGAGGAAGACUUGGCUGCUCCGGCGCGGGCAACCUCUUCGACGGAAUGGCUGAGACGUCCCAAGGCGCCGGCAAUCAAGAAAGCAUCUCCGGCUGGCAGCGACGACCGCAUCGGCGCCCUGCCGGACGCGCUCCUCCAGCAGAUCCUGUCGUCCCUGCCCUCUCGCGACGCCGUACGGACGUGCGUGCUCGCCACCCGCUGGCGCAACCUCUGGAAGUCCGUGCCCUCCCUUCGUAUCAAUACUGCUGGUGAGAGAUAUGGGAGCGCGCACGCGCUGAGCAAGUUUGUAAAUCACCUGCUUCUCCUUCGCGACCGAACGCCUCUGCAUGAAUGCGAGAUCAAUUCACAUGAUUCGUAUCAUGACGCCAAUGAGGCAUUCCGGUACAUUGAACUCUGGCUGCGUUAUGCUGUAUCAUGCCAAGUUCGGGUGCUCCGUGUCGAUGUCAGACAAGAUAGACGCUUGUGUCUAUCCGAUGUGCCUCUUCUCAGCGACUACUUAACGAGGCUGGAGGUCUCCUUUAUAGAGGUCAGGGGACAUUUUCUAGAUUUUUCGAGCUGCCCAGCGUUGAAGGUGUUAAAGCUUAAACACUGUGUGAUAAAGGCUGAGAUGAUCUCGUCACAAUCACUAACUCAUCUUAUCAUCUGUGAUGCGGAUUUUUGUUCCAAUGGCCGCACUCGCAUUUCUGCCCCAAGUCUGAUUACUUUGCAACUAGAUGGCUUGACGGGUCAUAUUCCUCUGCUUGAGCCUAUGCCAUCACUGGUAAGGGCAUUUCUCAGGUUUGAAGAAAACUGUGAUGAUUAUUGUGAGAACGAUAAUUACUUUGGGGACUGUGACAGUGAGUCAUGUGAUGGUUGCUCCUACAGCAAGUUUUAUGACAAGGAUGAUUGUGUGCUUCUCAAAGGUCUGUCGGGCACUAUGAAUUUAGAGUUGACAAGUCAAUCUGAUCUGUUUAUUGGCAGGAUGGAUUUUAAAUGGCGUGUUAUGUUUAGCCAGUUGAAAACGUUGUUGCUUAGUGACUGGUGUGUGGUUGCAGACUUCAGUGGACUAAUUUACUUUAUCCAACACUCGCCAAUUCUAGAGAGGCUUACCCUUCAGCUUGAAUGUUAUGAGAAAAAAAAUGUGAUUGAAAAAGAAGAAAGCUACAACCCAAGGUCACGAUUCUUGGUAUCGAAGCAUCUAAAACUAGUUGAAAUCAUCUGUCGCAAGGAGGAUGACACAAUUCACCAUAUUGUAAAGAUCCUUGGUACCCAUGGAGUACCUCAUGAGAGAAUUAACAUCAAACAGAGCUUCUGGGGCUUCAACUGUAAGUAACUAAUAAUACAUUUCAAUAUUAUUAUGUUUCUGUGAUCUGAUGUGUGUCCUUAGAUUAACACUGGAAAAAUUACCUCACUAAUUUAGACAAUCUAACUCUUAAACAUUUGCAUUAAUUUAAAAUUGGAAAAGUAACCAUCGAUCAUUUGCUGAAGCUACAAAUGAAGUUUUCUAUUGGACUGUU